UCGUCCCUUGACUACGCAGAUGUCAUCGAUGAUCCCAACCGCAGAGAUUAGAUUCAGGCAUUUGAAUUGGUAAAAAAAUUGAUAAGAGGUUUUUGGCAUAUCGGUUAUCCAUGGAGCAAGCUGAACUAGCAACAGAACAGGAGCGUCAGCAGCAGCAGCAGCAGCAGCAGAACAGUCAAUCACAUGUCGAAACUGAGGAAAAUGAGAUAGUUGCUGAACAUUCAACAUCUGUGCACGGAGAACCUCCUCAAGAUGGUAAUGGACCCCCAAAAGCUGAUUCUGAAGUUGAAGUACUUCAUGAAAAGGUCUCAAAGCAAAUUAUCAAGGAGGGUCAUGGUCAGAAACCUUCCAAAUAUUCAACAUGCUUCUUACAUUACAGAGCAUGGACUGAAAGCACUCAGCACAAGUUUGAAGAUACAUGGCUAGAACAACGACCAUUUGAAAUGGUUUUAGGGAAAGAAAAGAAAGAAAUGACUGGCUUAGCAAUGGGUGUAUCUAGUAUGAAAUCUGGUGAACGUGCGUUGUUGCAUGUGGGCUGGGAAUUAGGCUAUGGCAAAGAGGGAAAUUUCUCUUUCCCAAAUGUUCCGCCAAUGGCGGAUAUUAUUUAUGAGGUUGAGCUUAUUGGGUUUGACGAAACCAGAGAAGGGAAAGCUCGUGGUGACAUGACUGUUGAAGAGAGGAUUGGAGCUGCAGAUCGAAGAAAGAUGGAUGGGAAUGCUUUAUUUAAGGAGGAUAAACUGGAGGAGGCCAUGCAACAGUAUGAAAUGGCCAUUGCAUACAUGGGCGAUGAUUUCAUGUUCCAACUUUUUGGAAAGUACCGGGACAUGGCUUUGGCUGUAAAGAAUCCUUGCCACCUAAACAUGGCAGCCUGUAUGAUAAAGCUCAAGCGAUAUGAAGAAGCCAUAGGACAGUGCAGCACUGUAUUGGCAGAGGAUGAGAACAAUGUUAAGGCGAUGUUCAGAAGAGGAAAGGCUAAAGCAGAACUUGGGCAAACCGAUGCUGCACGGGAAGACUUCCUCAAGGCCCGUAAAUUUGCUCCCGAAGACAAGGCCAUUGCAAAGGAGUUGCGAGUACUGGCUGAACAAGACAAGGCUCUCUAUCAGAAGCAAAAGGAGAUCUACAAGGGGAUUUUUGGACCAAGACCAGAACUGCAGCCCAAGCGUGCUAAUCGACUUAUCCUUCUCUGGCAAUGGCUGGUGGCACUUCUUUAUCGCGUCUUUAAGCGUGAAAGACUCAAAGCUGACUAGGCUGCGCAUGUUGAAUAAACAGAUAAGUGAAAUCCUCUGAAUGAAACCAGAAAAUUUCUUAAGUUGUGAGGUUUAAUGAUGACUGACAUUUCAAAUUGUUCGCAUUUCAAAAGAGUUAAGCGACUGAAUGGAUUAGAAAGUUGACCCUUUUUAAUGUCCCCUGCUACUCUCUUCCAUGUAACAUUUGAAUGAAGACGAGUCCAUUUGGGCUAGAAUUGGUAAGUACUAUUUGACACUAAA